GUUGACGCUUACUCUAUCUAUUCUCUAUCGUCCUCCGUCAGUUUCUUUUGAUGGUGCGGAGACUUCUUAGCGACUUCAAUGCAAAAGAAGAACACAAAGAUUAUUAAAAAAAAAUAAUAACAAUUCCCCCAUCAAAACCCAUUUUCAAAGUUUUCUUUUUCAUUUGCAUGCUUUUACCCGAUUGGGAAGUUUCUUAUUUUUUUUUUCCUCUUCACGCAUUCUCAUAAACUGCUUUACGGUUCGGUUGAUUGAAUCUUUAGAGUUCCAAUUCUCAAUUGAUGGCCGCUUUCGCGAAUUAUCUCCGGUUGGCACGGCUUGGUGGUACGAGUUCAGGUGUAAAUCUGUCUACUUUCAGAUCAAUCACUUCUCCAAGUCCAAACCCGACAUUUGUUGACAGGAACCUGUUCGAUCACCAACACGACAUUCGUUCAUCAUCUUCUCUGUUCAGACAACCCCACGCCAGAUUCAUUUCUCAACUUGUCAAAACCGCCAAUGGCAAACGUUUGCAUCUCGUCGACACACUCGCCUUGGUUAGGAGCUUAGAAGCACAAGGACUGCCUUCAAAGCAAGCAGAGGCAAUAACUGGUGCUAUAACUGAAGUUUUGAAUGAUAGCUUAGGAGUUGUUUCUCAGUUGGUUGUUUGCAAGGGUGAGAUGCAGAAAGCUGAAAUGACUCAGGAAUCAAACUUAUCCAAGUUCAAAAGUGAAAUUAACAGCUCACUGGACCACCAUUUCUCUUUGCUGCAACACGAGAAUGAGAAACUCCGCAAUGACAUUGAGCGAAUCCGCACUGAUAUAAGGCAUGAAAUAGAUAAAGUCACAGCAGGACAACGGUUGGACUUGAAUCUUGAAAAAGGGAGGAUAAGAGAUGAGCUAACGGAUCAAAAUGCUGAAACCUCUAACCUUACAAACAAGCUUGAUCGUGAGAUCCACACUUUGAGAGCGCAACUGGAAGCGGCCAAGUACGAGGUGAUCAAGUAUUGUAUCGGAACACUUGUCUCCAUCUCAGCCGUUGGUCUUGCCGUCCUCCGGAUCGUCAUGUAAUGUAAACUCAUUGACCAACUCCAUCAUCUUUGCUGUUUUUUUUUCAAGUCUGGGAUGAAAUAUUGGUCUGCUCUCUCCAUCUUGUGAAUUAUUCCUAUGUUUAAUGUAAUUUCAUGUCCUUAUUACAAUAUAUGACAAAAGAAAUAAAAGUAUAACCAAUCUAUGAGAUUUACGAUCAACGUAUAUAUGCU